UUUAUCUUCUAAACAGCACUACUCGCUUUUCUUUGACGGCCAGCUGGCGGCUGAAGGUCCAUCAUUAAAGCAACAUAAAACUACCAAAUAUUUUCCUGUAUAACAAGAAGAACAAAUACACUAACUCAACGGCCGAAAGUGACCCGGCGCCUUUCCUACUUCGCUUGUUUUCGGACUGUCGUUUACCGGCCCAGCUGGGUAGCUAGCUACUGUAGCUGGCUAUGCGCAUCAAAAACUGGCUAACGAAAGAAGAGAGCUGUCUAAGGAGGAGGAUAUAACAACAGUCUAUCUUGCUUCAUGGAUAUAAUCCUAAUUGUUCCAGGAAAAUACCGAUAGCUAGCGCCAUUAGCUAGCUGGCGCUUCUCUGUGGGGCUAUUGUUUGUCGAUAGCGACGGUAACGUUAAAGGUUAUAGCCAGUUAACGUUACUGUUGUGAUAAUAUAUAGGAAUUAACUAAAUAUAUAUAUAUAUAAUGAUUAGCUAAUUAUUUGUUAGUCUAAUCAGAAAGCGAGAUCAUUUACCUAUUCAGCUUGCCAGUAUUCCUGGCAGUAGGCUUUUAUGGUAGCUGCUAACUCAAAAAGUCACGGGUGUCAAGAAACGUUAAUAAGGAACGACAGUUUGUUUUGAUUGGCUUGAGGAAUAACGUUAUUCUGUCAGUAUUGAGUAAUGUGAUUGCCCGUUCGUUAGGAAACGUUAGACAGCGGGGAUUAGCAGUAUGUGAAUCAUGUUUUGUGUUGACUGAAGCUUUGCCAACGUGUUACACGCUGCUGUAGGUCCCGGUGUCGUGUGUGUCAGAGUGUGUGACCAGCAGGUGAACAUGGUUCUAAGGAACUGGACUCUCAGUCAAGGAAGGAGCAUGUGUUAACGGCUUGAUAGAACUUUGCUGUCGUGGAAAAAGUACCCAAUUGUCAUACUUGAGUAAAGUAAGGAUACCUUCAUAGAAAAUGACAGAGUAAAAGUUAGUCACCCAGCAAAAUAAUACUUGAGUUAGUCUAAAUAUUUGGUUUUAAAUAUACUUAAGAAUCAAAAGUUAAAAUAUAAAUCAUUUCACGUUCCUUAUAAUAAGCAAACCAGACAGCACGAUGUUAUAGUUUUAUUUUACGGAUAGCGAGGGGCACACUAAACACUCCGACGUAAUUUACAAACUUUGUGUUUAGUGAGUCUGCCAGAUCAGAGGCAGUAGGGAUGGCCAGGGAUGUUCUCUUGAUAAGUGUGUGAAUUGGACACUUUUCCUGUCCUUUUGGGUGUCAGUGAAAAUCUAUGGAGUAAAAAGUACAUUAUUGUCUUUAGGAAUGUAGUGAAGUAAAAAGUAUUAAUAGUAAAGUACAGAUACCUCCCAAAACGAGUUAAGUACUUUACACCACCGGAGCUUGGUCUUCGAUUAUGAGACGCAUCCUAUGACAGAUCACUAUCAGUUUACAUAAUAGCUACAGCAUUCCUGCAAAUGGUCAAAUAUAUAGAUUGCUUGUUAUGUUAGCCUGACUUUGGAUUUUUGAUACAGUUGUUUGUCCAACCCCUUGUCACACCUCAACCAUAACUUGGAUUUGUACUGUAUGACAUUGGAGAGGACAAGUGAGUCAUAGAUGGUGUCUAAAUUGGCAUCAACAAGCUGAUUAGUAACAGUAUUGUGGGCCUUAUAAACAGCACUGCCUCAAUGUGGUAUUGGGAUGCAUUCAUUAACCAUUGGACCAGACAGUAACUGGGCCUGAAGUAUUUUCUGGUUCUGAAUAUGUGCACAUAAGAUCUGAGUGUGGUUGUGUUUAUCAGAGACUUUUGGUGUCUAGGCCUAUAUUAAUGUGAUGAUAGGUUAUAGUUGUACUUGACUGAGAGAGCUAGGUUGUAGCUAUGUGGACGGUGUUCUGGUUUCACCCUGCAACAAUGUCGACCCUAUUGUUGCUGCUAUUGCUGAGCAACUUAUGCAGGCUGGGACAGUCUAUGUCACGAGAGGAGAAGCUCAAGCUGAGGAACCAAGUGGUUGAGAUGUUUGACCAUGCUUAUUCCAAUUAUAUGGACCAUGCGUACCCAGCAGAUGAGCUGAUGCCUCUGACGUGUCGGGGGAGGGUGCGUGGGCUGGAGCCCAGUCGGGGAGACGUGGACGACGCACUGGGGAAGUUCUCUCUCACCCUCAUCGAUACCUUGGACACUCUAGUGCUCUUAAACAAGACGACAGAGUUUGAAGAAGCAGUGCGGAGAGUGUUGACAGAUGUGCGACUGGACAAUGACAUCGUGGUGUCUGUCUUUGAGACCAACAUCCGUGUGCUGGGAGGGCUGCUAGGGGGCCACUCCAUGGCGGUGAUGCUGAAGGAUACAGGGUAUCACAUGCAGUGGUACCAGGAUGAGCUGCUCCACAUGGCCAAAGACGUGGGUCUCAGACUCCUGCCUGCCUUCAACACCAGCAGUGGCCUGCCUUACCCCAGGGUAAACUUGAAGCAUGGCAUCAGGGGUCCUGAGAGUCGGACGGGGACAGAGACGGACACCUGCACAGCUUGUGCUGGCACAAUUAUCCUGGAGUUCGCUGCCUUGAGUCGCUUCACUGGGGACCCUGUGUUUGAGGUCCAUGCACGGAGAGCACUCGACUUCCUGUGGGAGAAGAGGCAGAGGAAUAGCAACCUGGUGGGAACAACCAUCAACAUCCACUCAGGAGAGUGGGUCCGCAGGGGUGAGAGAGGGAACCAGUCCCGGGCCAUAACUGACAGCGGAGUGGGAGCAGGGAUUGACUCGUAUUAUGAGUACCUGCUGAAGGCCUAUAUUCUCCUGGGAGAUGACCUGUUUCUGCAGCGCUUCAACAUUCACUAUGCGUCUAUAAUGAAGUACAUCAGCCAGCCUCCUCUCCUGCUGGACGUUCACAUCCACAAGCCUCUGCUGCCUGCUCGCACCUGGAUGGACUCCCUCCUGGCCUUCUUCCCUGGGCUGCAGGUGUUGAAGGGAGAUAUCCGGCCGGCCAUUGAGACCCAUGAGAUGCUGUAUCAAGUCACCAAGAAACACAACUUCCUCCCAGAGGCAUUCACCACUGAUUUCAGGGUACAUUGGGCUCAGCAUCCACUAAGACCUGAGUUUGCAGAGAGCACCUAUUUCCUAUACAAGGCUACCAAAGACCCCUACUACCUGGAGGUAGGCCGCACGGUGCUGGACAACCUGAACCGAUUUGCCCGGGUCCCCUGUGGCUUUGCUGCCAUGAAGGACGUUCGCACCGGGAGCCACGAGGACCGAAUGGACUCUUUCUUCUUGGCAGAGAUGUUCAAGUACCUGUUCCUUCUGUUUGCGGAAGAGGAAGAUCUGACGUUUAAUGUUGAGGAUUAUAUCUUCACCACCGAGGCACACCUUCUGCCCCUGUCCCUGUCCACUGCUCCUCACGCCCCCUCUCCUCCCGCCAACACCACGGUACAGGCUCCAUCUCUGCCUCAUCUCUCCGCCUAUGUCAAAUCUCUUUGGUCAGAGGAGGAGUUGGAUGACUCUAACUUUGAUUGGACCUGCCCCAACACACGCCUCCUUUUCCCCGACCCCGCCUUUCCACGGAACCUCCGAGAUCCAAUCAGGAGUGCUGUGGACAAGAGUUGUCCCCGUCCUGCCAUUCACCGUGAGCCGGGGAUGGGUCGCCCACCUCUGAGGGCUCAGGACUUCAUGGCCAACAACCCCGAUCACCUGGAGCUGCUGAGGAGGAUGGGAGUCAGCCUUAUACACCUUAAAGACGGCAGAGUGCAGCUGGUCCAACACGCUACACAGGCGGUCAGUGCUGUGGCAGCAGAGGACGGCAUGCGCUUCAUGCAGGAGAUGAUGGAGCUGUCCAGCCAGCAGCAGAAGGAGCAGCUCCCUCCGCGCGCUGUGCAGAUAGUCUCCCACCCCUUCUUCGGCAGAGUGGUGCUGACUUCUGGCCCAGCGCAGUUUGGCACAGACCUUUCCAAGAGCAUCACGGGGGUUCGUGGGUUUGUGACAGUGGCUGAACCCUACAGUGGCUGUGCGGAACUGAGCAACGCUGCCUUUGUACAGGGCCGCAUUGCUCUGCUGCAGCGGGGCCAAUGUAUGUUUGCUGAGAAGGCCAGACACAUCAUGAAGGCUGGGGCCAUCGGAGGCAUCGUCAUCGAUGACAACGAGGGUAGCAGCAGUGACACUGCUCCCCUCUUCCAGAUGGCCGGCGACGGCCGCAACACAGACGACGUCACUUUGCCCCUCCUCUUCCUCUUCUACAAGGAAGGCAACAUCCUGUUGGAGGCUCUCAAGGAGUACAGGGAGGUGGAGGUGCUGCUGAGCGACAAGGCCAGAGACAGAGCCUCUAUAUUCAAAGGUAAACCUCUCCCUGGCAUCCUGCUGGAAAGCAGGAUGGAUGUUCAGGAGGAGAAGGAAGAUUGUUCAACAGACCAAACUUCACCUGUCCCUGCAGCAACUCUCGACCAGUCACACGUGAGGACUAUGGAGCAGGAUGAAUCAGCUCCCCACAAUGAGGAAGUGACUCCUGAGGAAGAUGUGGGACCUGCCAUUAAGAGGAACCCUGAGCCAGAGGAGGAGCCUGAGGUUGACAAGGACUCUAGCAGAAAAUCAGUGGAAGCCAUGAUGGCUGAUUGGCGAGAGGACUUAGAAGCGUUUCAGCAGAUGGAGGAUGAGCUUUGACAACUUCCACAGUUCCCCCUCCUCCGGUCUGUCCCAGCCACCGUACUGGCCUGGGGUCAGUGGACUGUGCCUCCAUAAAGGAUAAGGUUUUAAUGGGGAGAUGUUUUGAUAAGGAACGGUUACCAGGGUGGAAUACAGUGACUUCUAUAGCCCAGAUAUCUACUGUCUGGCAGUAUGAACCCCUGAUUAACUCUCACUAUUUUCUGGUCUUGUCUUAUUUUCACACAUUGUCUUCCUCCAGAUGCUUUUCUAGGUCACUGACAUGUGGGAGCAGAUUCCAAAUGCUGGUUGAAUUAUAAUCCACUGGUUGAUUGGUUUAUUUAACUGUAAUGAUUAAUUGAUAAGUUGUUGGAACAUUUACUAUUUUAUUUUGUGGGCCUAAUUUGUGGGGUCAAUAUUAAGCUACCUGACUGUGAGGGACUGCAGUGGCAAGCAGUCUAUAAAAGGCUGGUGCUGAGAAUCACUUGGCACUCUCCAGGAAGAGACGAAGUUAUAUGUGACUAAAUAUGUAUUUGUCAGUUAUUUCCACGAUGGUUUGAAAUACAGUGCUCCUUUGCUCAGGUUCUGGUCGGUAUGAGAGAUACCGGGUACUGGCUACCCAAGAGGGCAGACAUUACCACCAGCUGGCCAGCAGAGGGGAUCCUUGUUUGAGACCUCAUACUGGUCUGACUGGAACUUGAUGACAUACUGGAAGACCAAGGAAACAAAAAAGCCAACAACAUAAUGAACUUUAAUUAAAUUGAUAAGGAAAU